CCCCUCUUGUCCUGCUCCCUCUGCCAUUGGGACCGCCUUAGUCUUCUCCCCAAAUUCCCUCCAUCUUGUUAAUCUUCCACUAGCCUCCAUAAUCAAGCAGCCGUACUUGGUGCGGUGAGAAUCGUGCACCGGCGCGUCGGAUAAGCUGAUGGCGGAGGAGCAGGGGAAGGAGCUCGCUUACAUACCGGAGACGAUACUGAAGAAGAGGAAGAGCAACGAGGAAUGGGCGCUCAAGAGGAAGGCGCAGCUGGAGCUCAGGCAGAAGCGAGCGAAGCAGUCUCAGGGGAACGACUUCAAAUUGCCUGAGCAGUUCAUCAGAGAGUACAGAGACAAGGAACUCGAUCUCAUAAAGAUGAAGCAGAGGACGAAGAUGCACAGGCCAGCUCAAACGGCAUUAGGAUCGAAGCUGCUCUUCGUCGUCCGCAUCCAGGGGAGGAAUGACAUGCAUCCUACAACUAAGAAGAUUCUAAACAAGCUCAGACUUCAAAGGAUCUUUAGUGGCGUUUUUAUCCUUGCCAAUGCUGCUGUUAUGGACAUGCUGCAGAAGGUGGAGCCUUAUGUUACUUAUGGGUACCCCAACCUCAAGAACGUGAAGGAGCUGGUCUACAAGAAGGGCUACGGAAGGAUCGACAAGCAGAGAGUACCAUUGACCGACAACAAUAUUAUCGAACAGGAACUGGGGAAGCAUGGGAUUUUGUGCAUGGAAGAUAUUGUUCAUGAGGUUGCCAGUGUGGGUCCUCAUUUUAAGGAGGUUACCCGUUUUCUAUGGCCCUUCGCACUCAACAAGCCCGAAGGAGGCCUGCAGAAGACUAAACGGUUAUUUAGAGAUGGCGGAGAGACUGGUAACCGGGAAGAUCACAUCAACGAGCUAAUCGACAAGAUGAACUAGCAGAGAACAAGAGCCCGGCCUGGGAAUCGUAGUUAGGCUUAGCCUCGGCACUAAUAUAUUAUAAGUUUUCUCAAUUUUUGAAGUUAUGUCUUUGGUUUGGGUUUCGCUUUUUUGACAUGUAUGAAUGAAUCAUGCAUAUGACGAUGUAAACUCUCGCUGCCUAUAAGUGUGAUUUGCAGUUGAAAACUGUUCCUCCAGUCAAAUUUCUUCAUGUAACACACAAUUCUAAAUGACAUAUAGCAAUUUUAUUCAUAUUAA